AUGAGCGACGGGGCCGCAGCGGCCCCGCGACGCCCUCCAAGGGCUGCCGGCUCGGACCGCCGACCCUCGGCCAGGCCGUCCCGCGGAGGCAAACGCACCGCCGCCGCCAGGGGUCCCCGGCCAGGAACCUCGCGGAAGGGCGGGCGAGAGGGGGCGCCGUCGGCCCGCGGCGCUCCGCGCAGCGCCCGCCCCUCCCCUCCCCGCCUGCCUCCGGGCGUCGUGGACACGUCGCCACUGCGGCCAGGCCGCCGGCAGAGGCGCCCCGUCCGCUCCGCCCGCCGCUUUCCGGGCCGGCUUUGGGCGAGCGGCGGCGGCCAGAGGGCCCCGAGCGAGGGAGGCGUGCGGCCGCCUGGCCCGGGGCUCCCUGCGGCCGGGGGCGCUCCGCAGGUGCGGCCAGCCAGAGCCCCGCGCGCCCGCCCGCCCGCCCGCCGUGUCUCGCCUCACCUCGCCUGGCCUCGCCUGAGCGCCGCUCGCCGCCGCCUCCCUCGCCGUCCUCGCCGCGGCCGGUGCGCCUCGGGGCCCGGAGCGGAGCGGAGCAGAGGCGCCGCUGCCUGCGUGGAGUCGUGGCACUGCCGGCCCUCCUCGCCCGCCCCCCCCCCCGCUCCCCUCCCCGCCGGGGCAGGCGGCCGGCCUUCCCCGCCCCUCGCCUGGGACGGGCUUUGGAGCCGGGCCCGCCGCGCCGGGCCGGGCCGCGAAUCGCCGGGAGGGAUGAAGCGCCGCUUCGCCCUCUGGCCCAGAAGGCCCCGCAGCGCCGGCCGGGCCGGGCCGCAAGAAGGCGCGGGCGGCUCCGCCGCAGCGGCCUCCCUUCGCGAAGGCGCCGGCUGGCCGGCUCUGGCCGUCCCCGCGAGCGUCUCAGCAGAGGGCGGGGAGCCGCGCUCCGGCCGCCGGCCGCGCAGCCCUCCGGGGAGCCGGGGAGCCGGCGCAGCCUCGCCCGCCUUUCGGCGAAAAGCCCCGCGGGGCUAUAUGGAGCCUCCCUGCCCGGAGAAGCGGCAGUGGAGCCCGAGCGUGUGGGGGGGGGGGGAGGGGAGCCCCGCGGUGCCCCGCGCAGCGCCGGAGUCCGGCAGCGCCGACAGCCGAGCGGAGCAAAGCGGCGAGGGGCCCGCGGGGAGCAAGAGGGGGCGGGCGGGGGGCGCGUCUCUCAGCAGCCGCCUCUCGGCUUCCUCAGCCGCCUGCCCGGCCUGCUUCGCUCGGGAGCGGCAGAAGGAGGGAGCAGUGCCGCCCCCCCCCCCCACACGCACACCCACACCCCGCGUCUCCGGCAAGCCCGCUGCGACCCCCCCCCCCCCGCCGGGCGCCUUUUUGCCCCUCCGGGGAGCCGAAGGCGGCCUCUUGCACCCCGCCGCCCUCCGCCGUUGA